AUGCAUCUCCUGCGUCACGCCUUGCAGGAGAUGACUGCCAUUGCCUGCCUAUUACUCUGCGGCCACAAUUUGUUUUGGGCUGACAAGGAUCGCGAAUCAGAAACAGCACAAUGGCUCCGGGUGAAAGGUCGAUGCCGUUCGGGCCUCAUUAUUGGCCAUCAACGCUACUCCAAAGUGAAGAGGGAGGACAAGGCCCAAGGACUUCCGAUUCGGCUCCAGCUGGUCGGCAACCGCCCGGCACUCACCGAGGCAGCAGGAGCACAGAAGAAACCAAGGGGCGGCGGCGGCGGCGGUGGUGGUGGUGGUGGUGGUGGUGGUGAUGGCGAUGGUGGCAUGCUUACCUGCAGCAGCAGCAGCAACGGCAUCGACGGCGGCGUCAACGAAACGGCAGUACAGAUGAUGGACUACCUCUAUGAUUUUUGGUAUGGGAUGAUCCUCCGGCGGCCUGGAAGCUCCACUUUGGCGACGCGGUGCCUGUCGUUUUUCCUUGGGACCGUCCCCUGGGGCCUGUCUGGGACCGCUAGCCGGAAAGCUCGUACCGGUACCUCGAUGCUAGCUGAGGUUUGCGUGCUCCAUCGAGCUUGCGCACAUGGCGGCGGGUUUUUGUACGGACCGUGCACUGUAUACGCCAAACUCGAAGUCCGUCUACGUGGUGUCGCGAUCAGGUCGAUCUUCUUUGCAAAAUGA